AAGCAAUAAUAAGCUAAGCACUUUGUUUGCUAAACUAAGGCUUUCAUUUGGAGUUCAAAUAUGGGGAAACUGGGGGCAUUGGUCUUAGCUAGUUUUCUACUAGUUGCAACUUUAGUCAAGGUGUCCGAGAGUAGAGUGGCAAGAAAGGACUUGGGUUUGGAUUUGGGUGGGAUUGGAAUAGGUGCCGGAAUUGGAAUUGGACUCGGAGGAGGUGGUUCAGGGUCUGGAGCAGGUGCAGGUUCAGGUUCAUCAGGGUCUAGCUCGUCCUCUAGCUCCUCAAGCUCGAGUUCUAGCUCAAGUUCGGGUGGAGGAGGAGGAGGGGCAGGGUCAGAAGCUGGCUCGUCGGCUGGUUCUUAUGCUGGAUCUGGUUCAGGAGGUAGGGGAAGAGGAAGAGGUGGCGGUGGUGGUGGAGGAGGUGGUGGUGGUGGAGGAGGAGGUGGUGGUGGACGCGGAGGAGGGUCGGGCGAGGGUCAUGGAGAGGGAAGUGGAUAUGGGUCUGGACAUGGAGGUGGUGGAGAUCGCAAAUAAAGUGAAGUGAUUGGUAGGUGUUUUUUUCUUAAAAGAUAUAUAUGAAUAAGUUAUGCAUGCAUGCAUGCAUUGAAUGGUUACUUGUGUAUUACGUAGCUUCUAGCAUAUGAAAAGUGUCAUGUUCGGUUGUGUCUCAUGAUUCUAGUGUCAUUGUAAAAUUUGGUUUUCUUUUUUCUUUUUAGUGUAAUAUUGCUUUCAAUCAAUAAUAAGUUAUUAAUGUUUAUUUAGCUAUUUUA